AAAAAAAGAAACAAGGCGUUUUAUUCUCAUCCGCGGUUGUUGGCUGGAGUUUUUCUUUUUUUUCUUUUCUUUUUGCGAUGAUAAAUUGGGCCAGAUUAAAAGAGUUGGAAACGCCGUGUAAUCUCGUGACACUUACACAUCCACGCCGUCUCUUUCUCUUUUUAAACAAGUUGUGUGUGUGUGUGUGUCUUGUUUGGACUGCGUAGCCCAGAGUUAACAUAUGGCGUAAAGGGGAGCACAGCUGGAGGUAGCGUUUCCAUUGCGGUGAUGUCAGAGCAGCUGACUCCACAGCUUGCAGUGUAAUUAGCAAACAGAGCACCAGUUUACUCACUCUGCACUGCUCUUAUUUUUUCACGUUAGUCUCCUUCCCCCCCUCCGAUGGACCAGCGGUUUCAGUCCCACUUGCGUGUCCCGUGAACGCCUCCGUUUUUCGCGUACGUUUGGUAACGAGCCGGUGUGUCACUUUUUUGUGUGUGUGUGUGUGCAAAUUUUGGUAGCCCCCGAGAAGUGGAGUGACUACUACAAGCCGGACUACUUUUGUGGAUAAUUUGGAGAGUGGAUCCGCUUACACCGGGAUACAUGGGUUAUGAAGGAAGAAUGGAGUUCCCGGACCAUAGCCGCCAGUUGCUGCAGUGUCUGAGUCAGCAGCGUCACCAAGGUUUCCUCUGUGACUGCACUGUUCUUGUCGGGGAGGCUCGAUUCAAAGCGCACAGAGCCGUGCUGGCCUCCUGCAGCAUGUACUUCCAUCUCUUCUACAGGGACCAGCUGGACAAAAGGGACGUUGUGCAUCUCAACAGUGACAUUGUGACAGCCCCGGCUUUCAGUCUGCUCCUUGAAUUUAUGUAUGAGGGGAAGUUGGAAUUCAGCACUCUCCCGGUGGAGGAUGUCCUGGCAGCAGCCAGUUACCUCCACAUGUAUGAUAUAGUGAAAGUGUGUAAGGGCAAGCUUAAAGAUAAGGAACUCUCCUCUCUGGAUGAAAAGAUGAGUGAGGGUUUGGGACUCAGCUGCCUGGACAGGGAAAAUUCCUCGGACAGCGAGCUGCACAGUAAGCAGCUCAUCCGGCGACAGCCCCAGACACAGUCUCAGGGGUUACACAGGGCCCCCCAGGCGGAAGAGUUUGACAUGAACAACAGCGAAGUCAGGCUGGCUGUCACAGAUUGUGAUAGGUCUACACAGAGCAGGCAGAAGGCAAACGGUCACUCUGGCAGGUCCCCGGACCUUGUAGGUGUCAAUUAUGUGUCAGCAGAGGCCGAGCCCUGUGUCCAAACAGCUGGAAAAACAAAAGCUGAUGUCAGUAGUUCCACCGUAUCGCUGUCCCAGAGGUCCCGGGCUUCAGAUGACAUGGACUGUGCACUGGAUUUGUCUUUCAAGCCUCUGUCUAGCAGAGAUCCCUUACACCCCUCCUACGUCUCGGGACAGCUGGCCCUCGACAGCCAGCAGCAGGGCACUGAGCCACUUGUUAAAGACGAACACGACUUGCUGUCAGAGCAGGAGGACAGUGAGCCGAUGAGCCCUGAGAGCCAGCGCUUUGGGAAUAGUGCCAGGAGCUCAGUGGUGACAGGGUUCGCUGCCCUCUUCCCAGGCAACAACGGCUCCACAGCCGCCCUGCUCUCCCAGGAGGAGGACCUGAUGGACGAGGAGGGGGAGGCCUGCAGAGGGAGGGAGGGCGCCCCAGGCAGGGAGGUAGAGGAGAGGAGGGGUAGGCUGCUCGGGGACAGCGAGGAGGAGGAGGAGGACGACUUGGCCUCUUCAGACAUCUCCACCUCCAGCGGGGUGCUCCUGCCCCCGGGGCAACAGGUGUGCGUGUGCCCCCUCUGCAGUAAAGUCUUCCCCAGCCCGCAUGUGCUGCAACUGCACCUCAGCUCCCACUUCCGGGAGAAGGACGGCGCCCGCUCCAAGUUGUCCCCCGACGGCUCGGUCCCCACCUGCAUGCAGUGCAACAAGACCUUCUCCUGCAUGUAUACCCUUAAGCGCCACGAGCGCACACAUUCGGGCGAGAAGCCAUACACCUGUGGCCAGUGUGGCAAGAGCUUCCAGUACUCCCAUAACUUGAGUCGGCACGCUGUAGUUCACACGCGUGAGAAGCCUCACGCUUGUAAGUGGUGUGAACGGCGCUUCACUCAGUCUGGGGACCUCUACCGCCACAUCAGGAAGUUUCACUGUGGCCUUGUCAAGACUCUCGCCAUUGGAUAAAACCCCUCUCAGCAGUGCCAUGACAUGAGACAGAAUGUCUUUUCAUACACUGAAUACUACUACUGAACAAUUUUCCCAUUAGUAUACACAUGUUGGCAGUUUGUUUGAGACAUAUCUUUUGGAUUCUACCCCAUGUGGCAUUUCUCAAGUUAAAGAUGUAGCAACUUUAAAAAAAAAAAAACUGGAGCUCUUUCCUGAGCAGGACUAUGUCAUAGGCUUACAUGAUGGUCAGAGGCAGGCAGUUGAAGGUGCACAGGCCGUUAGGAUAAACAUGGGUGCUGUGAAACUCGAGCUGGAUCUGUGUCGACGAAGGUGAACAAAUCAGAUGAUGCACUUGUUUUUUUCUGUCUUGUUCUCUGUCAAUCUGUUGAGUUUAUUCGAGGAGUAUAUUUGCUGAAAGCAUCCUAUGUUCAUACCUUUUUGGGCAAAUGGGUGAUAGCUAAUGCUAACACAUGUUAAUACAAUCGUCAGAGUGAGUGAAACUUUAUUUGUGCACAUGGGAGAUCAGAACCGUCCGUGAGUAGCAAUAUAUGAUUUUUUUUAACUCCUACAUUAUUAUUAUUAUUAUUAUUAUUAUUAUUACUAUUAUUAUUAUUAUUUAUUUUUGGAGAUUUGUUAGUCUUUAACAAUUAAACUAUCAUAAGGCAGCAAAACUAAUGAAGUCUGACUACUGGAAGUGUAAUUAUUAUUUUUUUUUUAAUGGAAGUAGAAUUUUUGUUUGGUUAAAAUGAAGAGUUGGUUACAGUUUUAUGUUGUUGAUAUCAAGAGGCCGGUAGACCAUCAUAUCACCAUAUUUCCUUUUUUUUUUGCCUUGGGAAGAGCUCUUUAGUUGCUAACGUGAGUGAGCACAUAUUGAUGGAAUGGUCUUCUAACUGCUACUUAAAAAUAAGUUGUAUAAUCAGAGGAGGUAGUUAAAGCUAAUGCCUGUAACACUGGUGCCUACUGAAAUUCUUAACACUUCACCUCGUGUACUUACUUAGACAAGAAUGAGAUCAUAUUGCCAUGCCUUCUUGUCAAAUUCAGUUUUCAGGCCUUUAAAAAAAAAAAAUCUGGAUUACACUCCACAUACCAGGUGAUAACAGAGGUAAUGGUCUACUCUGGAAUGCCAAUUGAUCCAUGAGCGUCCUUAAUUAAAACAUUUACAAGAAUGUAAUAAAGUAUGUAAAUCAAGCUCUUGUCAAUUAAAUGUUUAUUGACUCGUUUGGGUUAAAAGCAGAUUGUAAAUUACCUUGUUAUUUCCUGGUAUGGCGUAAAGGGUAUACUGACACUGGUGUUUAGGGCAAACCCUCAGCAGGCAGGGAGGGGGACAGAGGGAGACAGGUGGAUAUUCAUUACUUUGUCAGUGUCCGUUGUUAGCGUCGUUUGUUCAUCCAAGCUCCACGUGCCAUUCAGCCGAAUCUACUGACUUUUCUUUCUUUGAAUUAACCUUUUUUCACAUUGUGUUUUUAAGUUACUACUGAUGAAGUUGGAGCCUUUAGUGAUGCUGUCCUUGAAAGAAUCUUUGGGCAGGAAAUGGACAUCUACUGUCUGCUCGCAUAGAUGCUAUAUGGAUUCUCAACAGGGGCGCUGGCACUAAACGUUUGUGAUAUUUGUCUAAUCUGUCCUGAGAAGACUUGAUCAGAAUUUAUUUAUUAGUUUGACUUGGUUCAGGGUUUACUGUAGGUGUAGUCCUUAUUUCUAUAAGCUUGAGAGACAUUGCGUCUUGCCUAGCGAUCUUGGUACUCAUUAACUGGUAUUGGGGCUGUCUGUUCAUUUUCUCUGUGCAAAUCGAGUUACUGUAAUUGUAUUUUAAUAUACCGUGUAGAAAUCUCUACGGAGUAUUCAAGAUUUGUCACAUGGAACAUAGAGAAGCACUUGUUUUAGCAUGCAUAUAGUUUCAACACUAUUGUCUAGGCUGCUAUUUCUUACUAUAUGUAUAUUUAAUGUAAAUAUAUAUUCUAUUUAUCAAACUGUUUGUUUUUCCGUGUUACAACCCAUGUAAGGUGGAGAGAGAGUCAGGUGUCUUAUUAAGGCUGCGGUCUCUUAAAGUGUCACGUCUUCCCAAGGGAGUUUGGUUCCUUUUCCAUAUUCAAUUGGACUCACUACAAAUCAGAACAGUUAAUACCUCUCUGAGUGCUGUUCUGCCACAGGAGACAGUUGUUCACAAGCACAGCCACACUGAUACGCCAUUGGCUACCUAUAGAAAAUGAGACAAUACAUGCAUUGUUCCCCCUCACACCAAAUCCCAGGUAGUUCUCAAGGGAUCAUUGUGUAUCUCCCUCCUAGCUGUGGGGAGGAAAGGCAGCGCAAGUCUCUCUUUGCACUUUUCUGUAUUGAAUGGAGCCACUGGAAUGUGAGAAAUGUAUUUAGCAAAGGGAGACCAAGGACACUGUAAACAGGUGUAUUGUUUGGAGGCAUCAAAGAACAGCCCCCCAAUCCCAGUAUGCAGUAGAUAAAUGCUUCAUUGUUCCUCUACGUGAAGGAGAUACCAUGGUGAUUUGAUUGCACAUCUGUCAAGAGAAUAUCAGAAUAAUCCGAGUAUUGUUUUCCAAGUGCUUGAUUUAGAAAGAUUGUCGAGAUUGACAGUAAUGUGUUUGGCAACUGUGACGAUAGAGGUCAGAUGUACGUGCUGACCACCUGUCCAUUUCAACAUAGACACCCUUUUAGGUGUUUUUAUUUUUUAUCUUCUAUGUUUAUCACCAAGACUUCUUUCAGGACACAGAAAUGAAUUCACAUGUGAUUUCUCGGCAUUUGCAGUGGUUUUGUCACCAUUUUGUAAACGUCGGAGCCUGAGUUGAGAAGGAAUCAAACCAUUUCUCCCAGAAUUACUGCAAUCUGUUCUCCUUCUCCUCCCUGUCCUGCAGUUAGCGACAGGGCUCGAGUGAACUGAAGGCUUGUGUGUAAUUUUACAAGAAAUGUGAUUUGGCUCCCUGUUUACUUGCACAAACGCUCCUGUUGUUUGCAUGCCUUGAGAGUUAAUCACUUCGGUUAGUUGUCAGAACAAUAGGUAUAUUUCAGAUGUUGCGUAGUGUUAAUAAUGUAUAUUUCAAUCAGAACACACAGGAAUGUAGAUUUGGUCACCGUUUCAGUUUUCUAAAGGAACAUUUCUUAUGUGGUGCAAAUUGAAUUGCUUGAUUCUUUUAUGUACAUGUGUACAGAGGUAGAAAAACUAACAAUAUGUGAAGAAUUGUUUCUUUUUAUUGUUUGCAGUCUUUAUUUAUACCUCCAGGAUGAUCACCAAAUGUGCCUUCUAGACACACGAAUAGGUGUUGCAUCUGGAGAAGCCCUUUUUCUAUAUUGUACAUUUUGCCCUCGACUGCGGUGGUAAAGUUCACAUCACAACAGUGGCCCGCUGAAGUCGCAACUGUUGUUCCUGUUUUUUUUUUUUAGUUUUUUUUUUUUUAUCGAAUCAUGUUAAAUCAGACAAACUAAAAGUUUAAAGUCCAUUUAUUUUUGCUGCUUUGCGAGAGAUUACAUUGACGUUUUUUGAGAUUUCUUUGACCAUUUUUGUUUUAUGUGAAUAAAUCUGUUGUGGACGUGUUCAACUGAAGACAAGCAUUUUUAUGAUUUGGCUUUUAGUAGCCAAUACUACUGGGAACUAACAGUACAGUCCUUAGUUAAUGUCACUGUUGAAUGUGAAACACUGAGAUGUUGAUUGUUGACUUCUAUGGAAACAGCGCUACUCUUGAUCGAGGGCUAUGUUUGCCUAACUCAUGCUGUAUGAUCUUUCAAGUCUAAAAUAUGACUUUACUGAUACUGGAAUUUUGUCCUCUGCAGGUUACAACUGUGAAAUUGUGUAUAAUCAUGAGAAAUAUUUAUUAUUGCAUUUUGCUUCUUGUGCAACAUUUGACUGUCUCAGUUUUAAUUUGGUAAAAAAAAAAGGAAAAAAAAAGCUUCUAAAUGUUGACCGAAAAAUCUUUUUAAUAGAAUUUGUAGAAGUGCCAUUAGAAUUUAAUAUAAUUUUUUAAUAAGAAAGGUAUAUUUUAUAGUAAUCAAUUGCUUCAGUGUUAGUGUAGAGAUUAGAGGACAAUCUUUAUGCAGAAUUGACAUUGCUUAGAUAUUGAGGCAAUUUACUUUGAUCUAUAACUGUAUGUGCAUUUUCUCUGUUUGCGCUUUUGGAGUGUGCUGGUGUGUGUGUGCUGUGGAAAUGUGACAAUCUUGAUUUAGGUCUUUCUUAAGAUUAUGCAUAGAAUUAAAUGGAACAACUUUC